AUGUUCAUUCAAAACGAUCAUGUCGGUGACAGAUCCCGCUUAGAAGACUGGAGAAUACGUGGAUACGACCCUCUGACGCCCCCCGACCUGUUGCAACAUGAGUAUCCACUUACCCCAAAAGCAGAGGAGAACAUUCUCAAGGGAAGAAACGAAGCUGUUGAUAUCCUGAAAGGUAAGGAUGACAGGCUAUUAGUCAUUGUCGGACCUUGUUCCAUCCAUGAUCCUAAGGCAGCUUUAGACUACUGCGAGAGAUUAGCCAAGUUUAACGAGACUAUCAAAGGUGAGCUUCAUAUCAUAAUGAGAGCUUAUUUGGAGAAACCAAGAACCACUGUUGGUUGGAAAGGUCUGAUAAAUGACCCAGACAUCGAUGGUUCGUUUCAAAUCAAUAAAGGUCUUCGUAUCUCGAGGGAGCUUUUCGUUAAACUUACUGAACAGAUUCCUAUUGCUGGUGAGAUGCUGGACACUAUCUCCCCUCAAUUCCUGUCUGAUCUCUUCUCCUUAGGAGCGAUUGGCGCCAGAACCACAGAGUCUCAACUGCACAGAGAACUUGCUUCCGGUUUGUCCUUCCCCGUGGGAUUCAAGAAUGGUACAGACGGUGGGCUCACAGUUGCUAUAGAUGCCAUGAGAGCUGCUUCGCAUCCUCACCAUUUCCUGUCUGUCACAAAACCAGGAGUUGUGGCUAUUGUCGGUACCGAAGGAAAUGAAGACACCUUUGUUAUCCUAAGAGGUGGUAAGAACGGUACAAACUACGACGAGGCCUCUGUUGACGCUGCCCACGCACAGUUAGAGAAGACCGGUAUCCUGGGCUCUGGUCCUGCCAUCAUGGUGGACUGCUCUCAUGGAAAUUCCAACAAAGACCACCGUAACCAACCUAAGGUAGCCCAAGUUGUUGCUGACCAAAUCCGUAAAGGAUCCCGAAAAAUAUGUGGCCUCAUGAUUGAGAGCAAUAUCGUUGAAGGUAGACAGGAUGUUCCCAAAGAGGGAAAGUCACAUCUACGUUAUGGAUGUUCCAUAACUGAUGCCUGUAUCUCCUGGGAGGAUACUGAGAAGGUUCUACGAGUCUUAGCAGAUUCGGUCAUUGAACGUCGUAAUCUCAAGAAUUAG